AUUGAGCCAUUCGAUCACGGGUGGGUCCAGUGCCGGCGUCCACUCUUUUGCAAGGCGGGUUACCGAGUGGGUAGAAUGCAAGCCGAUAAAUAUGAUCUGGGUCUUCGCCCGCACCAAAAAUGAUGCGAGCAAAGGACGUCCGAUCCCUCGCGUGUCGCCAUCUGGUUCGUCCUCAUUCUGGACCGGACCGGCCCAAACACGAACCGUGUUCAUAUAAGUAAAUGGAGACCCGGGAGUGGUUGAAGGCCAAACCUGUCUCUCUUCGCUGUUUAAUGGUAUGAGAUGGUGGCCUCCGCCUUGAUCACCGAUGUCGCCCUCCCUCCGGCGUUCUCCGCCUUCUGCCGCCUCGGCCCCAGGAUCUCCCUCGGAAGCGACCUAAUCGCUGCCGCUGAUGACGACAAGGCUGAUGAACCGGGCAGGGAGGGACCUGACGGGGAUGAAUCUGGUGGCGACUUCGUCGACUUCGAGUUCCGACUGCAUGAUCCCGUUGCCAUGCUCCCCGCCGACGAGCUGUUUGUCGAUGGGAAGCUGGUGCCUCUCCAAAUGGCGGUGGCGAAGCCGGUGGCGUUGCGUUCCGCUGCCGAGAUCCGCUCGCCGGAGCGAGCGAAGACGCUGCGAAUGGCCGAGGACUCCGGAUCGGACCCCUACGCCUUCUCUCCCCGAGCGCCGAGCUGCACCAGCCGGUGGCGGGAGCUGCUCGGCCUCAAGAGAGCGGCGACGCCGAAGCCCGAUCCGGUGAAGGUUUCUCCUGCCCUCGCCGCCGCCAAAUCCAAGAACCCUAACCCUGACGCCAGGUCCCUUAAGCAUUUGUUUCACCGAAAUCUCAAAAUGUCCCCGCUCGAGGCGUCGCUAAGCCUUCCUCUCCUCCACAACACCAAGUCGGACUCCGUCUCGAUCUCCUCCCGCGCCCCUGACCACGAGGACCCCCCCGGGCUCUCUCUCGACUCGGACAAACCCAACCACCACAUCCCGACGGUCCGGUUGGUCCGGCCACUUCCGGCUGUGGCGGAACCAGGCCGGAGCCGGAUCAGACGGACAGCGUCGUCGGAGAUAACGCCGCCGCCGCCGCCGCCGAUUGGGCCGGUGGACAGUCCGAGGAUGAACCCGUCGGGGAAGGUUGUGUUCCACGGGCUGGAGCGGAGCUCAAGCAGCCCGGGGAGCUUCACGGGCGGGCCGAGGCCGCGGGCGCGGGGGAUGGAGCGGUCCUACUCCGCCACCGUCGUCCGGGUGACCCCGGUGCUCAACGUCCCGGUCUGCUCCCUCCGCGGCUCGGGAAGGGCCUGCCCGGCCUUCGGGUUCGGCCAGCUGUUCUCGCCGCAGAAGCAGGAGAAGCCUGUCCGGGGCUCGUCUGCGACUCGCAGCGAGAAGACCACGAACCAGAGGGAUUAGGUAACACAUCCUCGCCUCCCUCUUCAUCGAAGGCUAACGCCAAUUUCAUUGACCGUUUGUUUUCCUCCUCCAAGUCGGUUCUCUGUUCCAUUUUUUCCCUCCAAAACCUUUGUGGGGUUGGGGGAUGUGCUCCCGUCAGCGCAACCGUCCUCUUUGAGCUAUCGUGCGCCGGAACACGGGUUAACGAAAUGGUUGGUGGCGCCGGCCAUGGUGAGCCGCCGUACGCUUGUGUGUACCCCCAUGUGAUGUGCGCUGCCUUCCAAGCCACACUGCCAUGGAUGACUCUAAAAUGUUCUACAAUUCGAUGAUGAUUUAUACGAUUAUUUUUAGAUCCA